CACACGCACACGCACACGCACACGCGCACACAGUCAUGAGAUGUGAGUACGCACAGGGCGCGCCGCUCAUCCUACCACAGAGAAGGCAUUACUCCACUCCACUGUCACCGGCACGGCUAGAUCUUCCUGACGUAGGUACCGGUAGGGCUCAUUCACACACUCAACAGCCUAGAGCCGACCUCCUCUUGAAGCGCACAGAGGCAUUGGUCCAUUCAGCAACCAGUAGCUCGUCCUCCUAAUCGCUUGCAGAUCCCAUCGAGACGCUGCUUCGCAAUGGCCACGCACAGAGAGGCCAUCUUCCUUUCCACUCCCUAUAGGGAACCAGCGCCGGCACCAUCUUCCGAACCAAAGGUGGAAGAGGUGGGAACGACUUCAGCACCUCUGAAGAGCAUCGCCUUCUUCCUCGGUCAACAUUGCAAGAAUGUGAACGAGGAUUUCAUCCUCUGCAAGAAUGAGGAUAGGGAUCCCAAACAUUGUUUGAAGGAGGGCAGGAGAGUCACUAGGUGCACCCAGGACUUGUUGGCCAAGAUGGGACAGGCGUGCGGCAAGGAGUGGGAUGCUCAUUGGCAAUGUCUGGAGAACGAGAACCAUGAACUGUACAGAUGCCGCAAAGCAGAACGACCAUUGAAUAAAUGUGCUUUCGACAAGCUGAAAUUGUCAAAGAACAUUCCCGGGUCGCCCGAGGGUCAGCCGCAAAUUCACGAAAAGACGAACCCCAUCUUGACUGGCUCCCAACGCUGAUCUGCCCAGGCUCAUGGUCGGCGGCCAAGGGGCGGCGUUCGUUCGCUUUGCACGACUCGAGACCGAGUCGACUGCAUCUUCUGAUGUAUGCUCGAUGCAGACACUUCGACUUUGACACUCAUCUGGUGACGAGAUGCAAUAGCACAACAGCAUUUAGAAUUGA